UCUACCUACCUUAUCUUGUUCGUCCCGCAAAAAAACUUGUGAACUUUUCGUCGUCUAGAGAUCUUCAACUUAGCUUGCUUUUAAGAAGUUGCAGCCAAAAAAAAUUGAGUUCCCAAGAUGGCUCCCAUAUCAACUACAGAAGAAAUCAGUGCGCAUAAACGAAAAAGAGACAUCGACGAGAAGGACAAAAGAAAACGAGCAAGGCGAGAUCACUUAGCCUCCCAUAACAUUCCAAUCCACGAACAGGCCUCCCCGAAAGCCAAUGGCUUGUUAAAAAUAUCUGAAAAUCCUGAUAAAAUGACAUCUGCCACUAAAGAACCUACCUUUCAGGUUGUCAAGAAAGAAAAUCGACGACAACGGAGGAGCCAUGAAAAACAGACAACAUGGGGAGUAUCAAAGCCUAUGGGAGGAAUGAUGCUGAAUGUAGAUCCUAUAUUAGCUGAUGAUGAAAUGCACCUUAUAUUGGCCUUUAAUACAUCUAUUCAAGUCUAUUCGGCCACCGAAUCCCUCCUCAUACGCAAGAUCCCUCUACUAAAGUUGAAUGCUGAAGUCGCAGGAGAACAGAUCAUCUCGACACGUCUCUCGCCAACCUCACCCAAUAUUAUAUGGGUAGCCUCGUCCGCUGGCCGCCUCUGGGCAAUCGACUGGACAAAUGGGACCAGGAACGGGGCCAUUUGCAAACUAGAAUGUGGUCUUCUCUGUGGCAUGUCGGUCGAGCGCGUACAGUUUAAAAAGGGGUUUCAAGAUAUCGUGCUAACCUCUAUCGAGCAUAGAGGGAGAUGGCAGAUUGUCGCCUGUGAUGUGCGAGAUUCCAAGUUAAAGUCGUUCAAGUCUCUCUUGACCCAGUCCAAACCCGUUUUGAAUUUGUCAUUUGUCCGAAGCGGAUAUGCCAUAGCAGGAUCAGCCGACCGCAACAUCUUGCUCGGCAUCCUAAGAAACUCUACCAUCAAAGGUUUUCAGGAUUUAGAGUACGAAUUCUUCACCCUCGAUUGCAGUGACGAGAUCGUCUGUCUAGAUGUGCGAGCAACCAACCGCGUCCACCUCAACCUAAAGUCUCAAGCGGAAGCCGGCGACGAACCCGUGGUGGAAAUUGCCGUAGGAUGUGCCCGUGGAGCUAUCUACUUUUAUAACGAUCUCUUGCCUCGUCUUCGCAGCCUACAAAACGGCAAGGGGCACAAGAAUUCUCUUCAGCCACGAAAAUACCAUUGGCAUAGGAAAGCGGUUCAUGAUAUCAAAUGGUCACGAGAUGGCAAUUACCUUAUUUCUGGAGGCUCCGAGUCCACGUUGGUACUAUGGCAGCUGGACACGCAAAAGAUGGAUUUCCUGCCUCAUCUGUCUGCGACAAUAGAAAAUAUCGUAAUCUCAAAGAAUGGUUCUGCAUACGUUCUCCACCUAGAUGAUAAUUCGGUCAUCGUACUAUCAACUGCGGACAUGAAACCGACGACAUACAUAUCCGGACUCCAGACCCUCCUAUUUCCCCAAUCAUUCUCGAAAGAUGAUUUAGUGAGAAGGGUGGGCCAAUAUGUUCCAUCUCGAUUAUUAAAGACUCCCGCCACAGUCAGUCCAGCGGAUCCGUCGCGAAUACACUUUUGUGUUGGGAACGGGCAGCAAAUGGGUCACUCUGGAAGCGGCCCAUCAACCCCAAUGAUACAGACGCUGGACCUUACCACUUUGCAGAGUAUCUCAAAACAGGCCCUCACGAGAACGAAUCCAACAGAUAUCAACGUGACAACCAAAGGCUACGCCAUAACUGAGCCUCGUAUCACUGGCAUGGCAUACUCGGCAGACGGUAAGUGGCUUGCCACAAUAGAUGAAUGGCAACCUCCUACGCGUGAUGUCAAUUCUCUUGAAGGAUCCCCCGCCGAGAGGCGCGAGGUCUACCUCAAAUUUUGGGCGACUUCAUCGGAAGACCAGAGUCUCGAAUUAGUAUCUCGUAUCAAUGCCCCCCAUUUCACGGGUCGCAGUGAACCGGUAUAUGGGCUGGCUGCUGACCCACACUCACAUCGCUUUGCCACUGUCGGGCAGGAUGGAGUUGUCCGACUGUGGGAGCCGACUAUAAGACAACGAGAUGGUGUGCUGGUCAGGGGAAAACUCGGGCGCCAACUUCACAACUGGGCUUGCUCUAGAACUAUAUAUCUACAAGAGAACGAAGAACUGGUUGACCCCAAUGUUGUGGCUAGCAAAACAUAUCUACGAGGAUCCGGUGCAGUCUGCUUCUCCGAGGAUGGCUCCACGCUGGUUUGCGCGAUUGGAACUGUCCAUGGCUCGAUACUCCACGUUAUCGACACAGAAUCGGGCAAGAUUCGAAAUUCAUUAGACGGGUUAAUUCACGGUGAAGUUCGAGAUGUUAGAGUUUUAUCAUCCUGCUUAGUUGUGCUUUCAGACCGUCUUAUAGUAUACGAUCUAGUCUCUGAUGAGCUACUCUAUGGGGUUCAACUAAGGAUAAGUGAAGAUCACCAUGGUCCGGGGCCAUCUAUCUUGACACAUAUGGCGGUCGACCAUAGAACAUCAAGCUUUGCGGUAGCUGUUACACGUGGCAAGCUAGAUUCGCCCAACCUUGUCUCUGAGCUCGCAGUAUUCACUCCCGACCAAUCCGAGCCGGCAAUGGUGCGCAAGUUCCCUCACCCGGUAACGUCGGUAGUCGCUUCAGUUGGAUCGAGCGGUUAUCUGGUUUUAGAUUCUGCUGCCCAGUUGUGGUCUGUCACCGAAGGCAUGGACACCAACUCUCUUGCGUUCGCUCAACCUCUGGCUGAUCUCAAUCUUGAACACGCGGAUGUUGAGGAUCCUCGUGAGGCUCAACCUUUGGCAUUACUUGCUGGGCCGGAUGACGAACCAGGGAGUGGAGACGAAAUGGAUGUAGAUGUGCCAGAUGUUGCAAAUGAUGAUGAAGACAACGCCUACCCGGCUGUGGUUCCACCGCAGAAACUCGCGACGCUAUUCGAUUCUGCGCCAGCGUUUGCUAUGCCGCCGAUUGAGGAUAUGUUCUAUCAAGUUACGAAGCUAUUAUCGUCAAGCACUACCGUUUCGUCGUCAUAAACGCUGGUUUUGCGCUGCGAAGCUUAAGAUGUAAGAUGGGAGUGUAUACUGUUACCUACCAAUCUACCACGCAAAUAAUCAAGGCUUUUGCCAAGGAAGAGUUCUCCGACCAAGAAGGCUCGUUAAUUAGCCUUUAAAACUGAACCAAAUACCCCCACAUGAUAAUUUGAAGUGUUUUUUAAAACAGUUGGUAUCUUUGAUAACGAGGCUAGGUAGCAAUCGUGGCAUGGUGAUUGUAGUAUUUGUACUUUCGCAUCAAGUGCUUAAUAAGUUGGAUAUAUCGUUGAAUUGCUAAACAGCCCUUUUAAAUUCAAACCCCCUCCCCCCUAUAUAAUACCUUGGAUAGGGUAUAUAGGUUAGAAAGUCCUUUGUUCCAUGGAAUUGAGGCGUCUAGUAAAGUUUAAAGCCUACUCUAGGUAGUAUACAUAAUACAUAGUACCUUACACAGCGAACAUUGAAAUUGGAGUAACUCUUAUGUCUCUAUUGGACGGCCAAUGCCGAUGAGCGGAAUUACGCCAUAUCUACUAAGGUUAGUGGACCUCCAUCAUGAGAUUUCUACAUACCUAGGUA